CCAAGCUCCACCCCUCCAGUACCUUGUCCGCCAGCAGUACAGUGCGCCAGGGAGCGAGAGUACAGGCGUGGGGCACUCUGGGGAGUGGACACGACACACCGGUAGCAGCACGGAGUGGCAGCGGCAGUACUUCUCGGAGAAAAGACGAUCUUUAUUGGAUUAAGGGACACCGAGUGCCUUUUAAGGCAUUUAAUGACCGAGGAGUCUAGUUUAUUUUGUCAGCCGUGAAAAGGGAACUCCUUCACGGCCAAAUUUGGGAGUACCGCAACCGGUGAUGGGGAGGAGGGGACAAUGAUGCAGUUCCAAUCCGGUUCUGUGCCCCGCGCAGUCCGCCUCCGACGCUGGUGAUGCCCGCCGUGCGGGAAUCACCGCCCAGCAGCAGAAGGAGGUCGGGACAACAGGACGGCUGGAACCGAUGAUGAUGAUGAUGGCAAGGUCGAUAUCAUGGCUAACGGAACCGGUACAAUCAUGUUAAAAUGCGUCGUGGUCGGAGACGGUGCAGUGGGCAAAACGUGUCUUCUAAUGAGCUAUGCCAAUGACGCCUUUCCCGAGGAGUAUGUACCCACAGUCUUUGAUCAUUAUGUAGUGAAUGUCAACGUUGGUGGAAAGCAGUACUUGUUGGGACUGUAUGAUACAGCUGGUCAGGAGGACUACGACCGUCUCAGGCCACUGUCGUACCCCAUGACUGAUGUCUUCCUCAUAUGCUUCUCGGUGGUAAAUCCUGCCAGUUUCCAGAAUGUGCGCGAGGAAUGGGUGCCUGAGUUGCAGGAGUAUGCACCCAGUGUCCCUUACCUGCUCAUUGGCACCCAGAUUGACCUUCGGGAUGACCCCAAGACCAUUGCCAAACUGAAUGACAUGAAGGAGAAGCCCAUAGCCACUGAGCAAGGACAGAAACUGGCGAAGGAGAUCGGUGCAUAUUGUUAUGUGGAAUGUUCAGCUUUGACCCAAAAGGGCCUGAAGACGGUGUUUGACGAGGCCAUCAUUGCCAUCCUAGCUCCCAAGAGAAAGAAAGGAGCUCUGAAGAGAAGACUGGGACCGCGCUGCAUCAACUGCUGUCUAAUCACGUGAUGUAUAAAGAGAUCAGCAACCAACCAUAAACCAAACCUGGAGAUAAAAGAAAAGAAGCACAGAGAGCAGAUGAGACAAAUGAGAAGACUGAACAGAACAAAACAAGAGCUGCUUAUAAGCUGCAGUGAUCUUGAAUGGUCAUAACUUUCUCUCCUGCUGUCCAACACUGGGGUUGAGAUGCAGUUUACUACCAAAGGAGCACAAAACCCAAGUCAGUCUCUUCUUCUUAAAGACUUUUUGCCUCAGAAGUAGCUUCUUUUAUAACCAUUUAAAUCAUUUUUUGUGCAAAAUUGUUGUAUGCUCUCAUAUGAAAAAGCAACAUGUCAUUUCAGUUAUAAGAGAAAUGCUACAUUUAAGGAGAUCAUGUUAUUUCUAUGGUUGUUAAAGCUAGGUUAUCAAGAGAGAAAGCCUCCAGGUGAUAAAUAAUAAGAGGCUAAGUGACACUGUGACAGUGCCCAGGAUAAAGUUCUGGACAUAAGGUUUUCUUUUGUAAUUUACACCACUUAUUUAUCUUUUGAGGGCCUGAAAAUUAACAUAUACUGUGAGGGACAACAGAUCAACAGAGGAAAUGAUGUACAGGUGACAGCUUUGGACACAGAUUUGUAUUAUUUGGACCUUUUAAUUUUGUGUUUUGCCUUAUGAAAGCCCUUCAUUUUAUAGUAUGGCAUGCCAAAUACUGUAAUUUAAGACCAUGACUGAGGUCUUUGUCAGGAACGGAGGCAUAUUAUCUAUUUAAAAAUAUAUUAUCCAGAGUUAUUGAUUCUCCAUCUCUAAAACAGAGAUCAUCACGCCUGUGAAAAUACAUUGUCAACUGAUAGUUUACCAUUUAUGCUUUAAUUUUUGUGAUCCUGCAAUAAUGUGUUAUUCUUUUAUCACCUUUAAAAAUAAGAAGAUGAAUCUCAUUUUAGAAAUGAAACUCUAAUUCAUAUCCAAUGUCCAAAAAACAUGCGCACAUGUAGGCUACUUUCACCAAAAUCAGGUGGCUAAGAUGAUCCAAUACUGUAUAUGUAAUGCACAAUAUGAAGCACAGUCAGCACCACUUCAUUUCCCAGCACAACAAAGAACAUUCCUCUGCAUUUAAACAGUGUCCCUCUGCCAGAGAAGGCUGAUUGAAGCACAGAGGAUGCACAGUAGUCCAUCAGGUACAAAUGUGACCAUAGCGCACUAUCUGGCCAUGCGGAAGAACAGGUUGCAGCUUUAAGUCUUUAUACAUCACUAACUUUAACCAGGCUGCCCCACAGAAAAUAAAUGUUACAAAAAGUAAAGCUGUUGUUAAAUAUUUAUGCCCAGAUGUUUCCAGGUGUAGCUGUUGCAUAGCAUUAGCAAAGUGAACCUACUAGCUAACAUGACCGUCACUGACCUGAAAAAAAUGAGCGGCGAGUUAAUUUGAACCAUUGGAAGAUGGUCAGUAUAUUUGAUUACAGCUGAAUGACAUGAACUGGGAUGUUUUUUUGUUUUUUUUUAACUAAACAGCACACCAGUGCCAUAUACCACAAAUGUUAUGCUAACAAUAUUAGCCAGAUUAAAUGAUAAAAAUAAUGUAAAUUAAGUUAGCAUAAUCAUAUCCCAUUCACUCACUGGCUGUAUACUACUUUUUCUGACACAUAGUGUAUGUUUUUUUAUAUACUAAUAC